UUGGCGCUCGGCUUCAGAUUCAGAUUCAGUUUCAGAUUCAGAUUCAGUUUGUUUAUAAACCGUGUGCCGUGCGGAUGUGCGUCGCUGCGUCUUGUGAAAUCGCUGGAAAAUCUCGCUAAGAAGCUCGAACUUUCAGUUUACCGCUCGACGGUCCGUUCUAACUCCGCGAAGCCCGCCGCCCACCGCCCCACAAGCAGUCUGUCCUCGUCUUGGGAAAUAAAAGAAGCGAGGAAAAGCCGAAGGAAAAGCGCGCGCGGCAAGUGAAGCGCACAGGUUAACCUGUGUGUCAGUGUGCCUGUGUGGGGAUAUGCCCGUGUGUAUGGGUGAUAUACAGUGUUUAUUUGUGUGAUUUCUUUUGUUUGCUGGCCAAUUGUGGGGCCUAAUUGAAUGCUUGUCUCAUAUGGGUUAAAAGAACCCAACAACAACAGCAACAAAAACAACAGGAGCAGCAGCAGCCAACAGCCGACUCGAGUGUUUCGCAACGCCAUAAAAAAAUAUAUACAUAUAUAUAUUGGAAAAAAAGAAGAGAAAUACAAAAAGCAACACAAAUACAUAUAAAAACGCGCACAUAUCGACGAGCAGCAGAGAAGAGAAGCUAAGCCAGAAAUCAUACAUAUAUAUAUAUAGAUAUAGAUAUAGCAUAUAAAAACCAGUUUGGAGCCGCAGUAGCAGCGCAGUCGCAGCGUUUUAGCCGAGGAUCUAUGGACUGGCUUUGGAUUACGCCAACUUGUUUACAAAAUAAUAUAAAAUAUUAAACGUUUUUCAAAGAACUUUGCCGCCUAAGCGAAUUCCGAAAAAAUCAGAGCAGCCAAACAAAUAAAUAAAUUAUUUGAGGCAGUCAACCCAUCACAGAGAGAUGCCACCCACCGAACUGAGGAGACUGGCUUUGGCCGCCGUUAUUGCCACCUUUAGCCUGGCACUUGGCGGCGGAGGAGUCCUGGGCGAGAGCUCUUCCAGCUGCGGACCCAAUUUCCCGGCAGCUUGCAGCUGCGGCAAGGAGAUGUACGAAAGCGAGAUGCAGUACGUGGUGAACUGCACAAAUGCCGGUCUGCAUAAUACCAGCGUCCUGGAGUUUAUGCCCGAGCAGGUGGAGGUCCUGAUCUUCACUGGCAACCGGAUCACCGAGCUGCCCUGGAAUGUCUUCGGCAGCAUCAAUGACUACAAGCAGCUGCGCAUUGUGGACAUGAGCAGCAACCACAUCAGGGAGAUACGCGGCAAGAGCUAUCACCAUGUGCCGCGUGUGGAGCGCCUGAUCCUGAAUCACAACAAUUUGAGCAUUUCGCGGUAUGACGACGAGGUCAAUCACCAUCAUCCGCGCGUCUUCUCGAACUUUGUGAACCUCCAGAGCCUGCACCUCACCGACGCCUUCGAGGACAACAGCUCCCCCCAGCUGAGCGAGGAUCUGCAUGACAUCUUCGUGAACAGCCAGCUGCUGAAGCUGCAGAAGCUCCAUCUGGAACAGAACGAGAUCACGCACUUCAAGGACCGCAACGUCUUCUGCGAUCUGCCUUCGCUGCGCGACCUCCAUCUGGGCGACAAUGAGCUGCGUGACCUCAACUUCGAGGUCCGCUGCCUCAACAAUUUGCGCUUCCUUGACCUGGAACGCAACAAGUUCGGCUUCGUGAAGCCCACCGACCUGCGGGUGCUCAACGAGCUGGAGGAUCGCCCCAACCGCACGGCCAAUCUGAUCGUGGACUUUAACCUCAACCCCUUCGUUUGCGACUGCCGCAUUGCCCCCUUUCGCACGUGGAUUCCCCUCACCCGGGUGACUGUCCGCAACAAGGACAGCCUCAUGUGCUUCCAUUCGCCGGGUCGCGUGGACUCUUCGCCCGCCCACCUGCUCCAGCUGGACAUGGGCCAGUGUGCGGACGCCAUGGCUGCCGCCGCCACCAUCCUGAAUGCCGCCGAGGACGAGCAGCGUUACGGCGGAGCGGAGGCGUCGGCGCACUCUCAGGCACACCUCAAUGGACACACGGCCACGCUGAUCUUCCUGCUAAUCGUCCUCAGCAUGAUCCUGCUGGGCCUGCUGGUGGCGCUCGUCUACGUUAGUCGCGACAAGUUGAAGUACAUGAUCACGCCGGUGUUCGACAAUGUGGCCAAGAAGGUGCAGUACACAUCGAUCAAGGACGAGGACUGCCCGGAGGUGCAUGUCUAGGGAGAGGGCUUCAUACACAGGAUCAUCCAGACAGACAGGCGGAGAGGAGAGAGCAUAAGGGCACGGUUUCCGAUUAAAAUUAUAUUUAUACAAAGUACUUAAGACUCUAAUCCGACCAAGGAUCCAUAUAAUCCUUUCUUAAUUUAAUCUUAAAAGGCUUCAACUUAAUUUUAGAUAUGUAGCUGGAACUUAGAAGCGUUUAUUUGCCUUUUAAUCCUUAAAUGAAUCGGAAGCCGAGCCUUUAAGCCUUUAAGGAUUCGUUUUUGCCAUUCGCGUUACGCAAAACGUGUGCCAUUGACAGCGGAAGGAAAGGUGGAAGUGGAAGAGGGAAUAGAAGGGGAAAGUGGAAACAAUUGGAUCACAUACAAUACUAAAGUCCCAACCCGAAUCAGGACUCCAGCCUCCUUGUUUCGUAGUACUUAAGCCAAUUGUUGCAUUUAAUUGCUGAGAUCGAAUGCGACCACACACACACACAGACAACACACAAUUUUGUUAGUUUUAGCGGUUUUCUAACCUAACCUUAAGUCAGUUAUGCGUUCUAUGAUUUCCACACAAAGGAAUCAUAAUCAUACGAGGAGGAAAGGCAAAAGGCCUUCAGCAAACACACACACUCACACAUAUAUAGUGACAUAUAUAUACAUAUAUAUAGAAACAGACACAUAUAUAUAAAUGCAUAUAUCGUAACAAACACUUUAGUGUUAUCUGUGAUUUAAGUUUAGUAGCUUUACUUUGUUGAAACUCUGCAGAAACGAACAUUUCAAAUUGAUCAAAAACGGAAAUGAACAAAUGAAACAAAAGAAAACUUCAACUUUGACUCUUUUUAUAUAGCCUAUAAAACAGAUAAUUCAACACUUAAUGGAUAUGUAAUGUAAAAUGUUUCCAUGCUUAAUAUGUUAUUAAUCAAUUAAUUUGUCAAUUAUAACUAGCUAUACGAUGAUUUCCCCUUUGAUUUUACCACCAUUAACAAGCAUUUUUUAUAAAUA